UCACCCAGGCCCUCAAGACAUUUAUCCUGACCAGGAGCCUUGCGAUGGCAUAGCUAGAACACUUAUGAAUGCACGCAAGAAUACUCACUGCGAAUUCACGGGUGAAAGUGCUCACGCCGGUGGAAACCCCUGGAAAGGGAUCAACACGCUUGAUGCUCUAGUCUCAUCUUACAACAAUGUUGCGGUUCUUCGACAGCAGCUUCCGGAUUGGUGUGUAUACUGUGCUUUCUUGGACACACCAAAUGUAGCCAACGUAAUCGCGGACUAUACAAAAGCGCUUUGA